AGGCCGUUUCGGUGCACUUGUACUCAAAAUUGAGGUUUUUGAGGGGAUAGAAACACAGUCGGGUCACCGAUGACUCAAAAAUCUCGAAAUUCCUCAAAAUUAUCUGAGGAAUUUUGGUGGUUUUAGUGACAUUUGGUGUUGGGUUGGCCAUUCUGUCGCCCCCCUCCCCUUCACUAGUACGCAUAAUGGCGUCUCUCCCGUGGCAGUUGUGUUUUGAUCGUCUCGAAAAUCCCUUUUCCCGUACUUAAAUCCGGGUUAUUUCCGGUGGAAACGCGUCCCCGGACCGGAAGUGGCGUGAAUGUGUACAAGUGUGCCCCCAUUAAGGAUAUUUCAGUGUUUUGUACGUUUGACGUUUGUGUCUGGGAUUUCUCGACGAAAAUAGAAAGUUUGAGUGAUUUUCCGUAAACGUCUGUGAUAACAACAAUGGAAUGACGUAUUCGAGAUGAGCGAAGUGCAACAACAACAACAACAACCCAUGGCCCACGUAAAACGGGCAAAAUUCGUUGGGUGUAAAGAUACAGUACCAUCGGUCCAUGGACGACCCAGCACCCAUCUCAAUACCAAAAUCAGACUGAGCAAUCAUCAAAGGAAUUUAAGUUUGGAUUUUAGGUCGAUGGGUAUCCUCCUCCCUCCCGUCGCCCAGAUAACGUCUUCCACUUCGCCCCACCUCACCCUUCACCAUCGUAAUCGCAGUUUGGAUUCAGCCCUUCAACGCAUCCCCGAAGUGGACGUGACCCCAAGUCCUGAAUGUGAACCAACUGUUGUCGUACCCCCAAUUGUCGUCGACCCCAAAACACGUGAUGAACUUGCUAGUUUGGGGUCGGAUGAUUCUGGUAUUUUAUGUGGAAGUGAUUCUGGUUCAUCAUCAAGCAGCGAUACAACAACACGUGAAUCAAGUGUUGACGAGGCGAAAUCCGAGUGUUUAACACCACCAUCACAAUUAUCAACAUCUGAAUCGAGUAAAAGUUUUGGAAUGUUGAGAUUAUUGGAAAGUAAAGUGUUUGAUGUUUCGAUGGCAAUGCAUUACCUCUUCAAGAGUAAGGAACCAGGAGUACAGAGUUAUAUAGCGAAUAAAAUGUUUAGUUUCGAUGAUGGUGAAGUGGAUUUUUAUUUGCCACAGUUGGUAUGCAUGUAUAUACAAAUGCAUGAUGUGGCUGAAGUUAUACAUCCGUAUUUAAUACAUAGGUGUAGAAAAUCGAUCGACUUUUCGCUAAAAUGUGCCUGGCUUUUGGACGCCUACAGUUCCGACGCUUCAGUCCCAUCGAAAAAGAAACCACUCGGAAUUAAACUACGUAACCUCAUUCUAUCGGACGAACUUCGACCUAAAGACCAUAAAACACCCAUCAUUACCACCUUUACCACCUUACAUUCUUCAACCACAAAAAAAUCCCAUCAACGGUCACAAAGUGACGCUUCAGCAUUGGGUACACGACGUCCUUCCACCGAUAAACGUCUCUGUAUGGGUGACCUCACUUCCGGUCAUGCCUUCGACAACGGAUGCUCCUGUUUUGACAGCUGCCGAGGCGUUGUCAACGAUCUACGAGGCAAAAAGACUGAAUGCACAUGUUCGGCACCCAGACUCGCUCCCGAGCUCGAAUUCAUGAAAGCGUUGAUUUCGAUUGGUAAACUACUGUCUUCUAUACCAACGAAAGAAGCAAAGACUACUAGAUUAGUGGCCGAAUUGACGACACUUAAUUUAAAUUUACCGGCAAGAGUAUGGUUACCUCUAGCAACGACCCCACAUCACAUUGUUAGAAUACCCCCUCAAGUUGGUGCCGUCUUAAAUUCGAAAGAUAAAGCACCAUAUAUUAUCUAUGUGGAAGUGGUUGAAGUUGAUGAUUUACAUACGUCAAUUGUAACACCGAAAAUAUGGCCAACUUUACGUCAUACUAAAUCUGAAGAGAAUCUAGGUGGCGGUGAUACGACUUCAUUAUCGGCAUUUAGUAUGUGUGGUGGUUUAUGUGAUGAUAAUGAUCCUGAUUGGAGUCAAGAAGAUGAUGAAAUAUCGCAACAGUAUACGCAAUUGAAGCGUAUAGCUGAUCGUGAUACGAUUUCACAAAUGUCACAAGAGUCGAGUGAUUCAAGGGAACCCCCGAUGUGGAUCGCUGCUGGUGAAAUACGUCGUCGUUUAUCGGAUUCAAUUCACGAGGAGAAAAAUAAACAAUUUACCCAUGAUCCUCAGGACCCAUCAGCGGCUGUUUUAAAGGAACCAUGGCAUGAUAAGGAGAGACGAAUCCGGGAGAGUUCCCCAUAUGGGCAUUUAUCCUCCUGGACUUUGUUAUCAGUGAUUGUGAAAUGUGGCGAUGAUUUGCGACAAGAAUUAAUGGCGUCGCAACUUUUACAAAUGUUCCAAAGGAUAUGGGAGAUGGAACAUGUCCCAUUAUGGGUGCACCCAUAUCGUAUACUUUGUCUCUCAAAUGAUAGUGGGUUAAUUGAACCCAUUUUAAAUACAGUUUCACUCCAUCAAAUUAAAAAACAUCGUCAAUUGUCACUAUUGGAGUAUUUUAUCAAUGAAUAUGGACCAAUCACGUGCGAGGAAUUUUUGACAGCACAGAAAAAUUUUGUACAAAGUUGUGCCGCCUACUGUCUAUUUUGUUAUUUAAUUCAAGUCAAAGAUAGACAUAAUGGAAAUAUAUUAUUGAAAAGUGAUGGUCACUUGAUUCAUAUCGAUUUUGGAUUUAUACUGAGUAUGUCACCGAAGAAUUUAGGAUUCGAAACGUCGCCGUUUAAACUUACCGCUGAAUUUGUUGAAGUGAUGGGCGGUGAUCAAUCUGAUAUGUUUGAGUAUUUUAAAAUUUUAAUUUUGCAAGGGUUGGUAGCAGCGAGAAAACAUAUGGAUAUGAUUGUACCUUUAGUGGAGAUUAUGAGAUCAGGUUCGCAAUUGCCGUGUUUCAAAUCGGGGGCGGCGACCGUUCAGAAUUUGAAGAAUCGUUUCCACAUGAAUAUGACCGAGGAGCAGUUACAACUCGAGGUGAAUCGUAUGGUGGAAGUCAGUAUUCAUUCAUUAUCAACGAAACUCUACGACGGUUUUCAAUAUUUCACAAACGGGAUACUUUAAACAAAACCAAUGCUCAAUUAUUAUAAACACCAUGUAUAAUUUUAGUGCGAAAUAAAGUGAUCUGAUUUGCCAUGUGAGUUGUGCGAGGUGAAGAAUACUCAGAGGCCAAAACGAUAAGUGUGGAAAGAGAAAAAACGUUGUAUAUAACAUUCCAUUUGUACAGUUUUUUAAAAUCUAGUGUUUUUUUGUUGUAAAUAUCUAGAGUUUUAGUGUUGGUUAGAUAAUUCACGUUAUCCAUCCAUUUUUAAAUAAAAGUAAUAUUUAAGUAUAUAUUGUAUAAAUACAUGACUGAAAUUAUAUAAAAAAAUGCAAAAAGACUGAUGUCAGCAGUAGGCUUUUUGCAGGUGUUACUACAAUUGUUUCGCUUUUUUUUUGUAAACCAAUCAAAAUCUAGGCUGAUUUAAGAAAACUGUGCAUGUUUUAUUAUGAAAUUUUUGAAUAUUGUAUUUUAUUAUAUUAUCUAUGAAUUGUAUUUAAAAUAAACGAUAAAAGUAAA